AUGGGAGAAUCCACAGGGAAGCUGAGCAGAUAUCUCUGCCUCACCAUCUGCGGCUACCGCAAACCGGGCAUGAGUGAAGAAGACUACCGCCGCUAUAUGACCGAGGUUUCUGCCCCGAUGACAAAGGACUUGAUGGUAAAAUAUGGAGUCAAGCGAUGGACUAUGGUGCAUAACACGACCGCCACACGCGCGCUCAUGGCCGAGUUGUAUGACUCGCAAAUGACCAACGUGGUGGAUUUUGACUGUUUCAGUCAGGUGGUCUUUGAGAGCCUGGAGGACUACAAGCGCAUGAAGCAAGAUCCUUGGUACAAGGAGCAUUUGUUCCAUGAUCAUGAGAAUUUCGCGGAUACCAAGAAAAGCAUGAUGACGAUUGGGUGGAUCGAGGAGUUUGUUCGGCAGGGAGUGGCUGUGGAUGGAAUGGAGGAUUGUUCUCUUAACUAA